AUGUCCGACCCGCUACUUUUCGAAGAUACCUUCACGAUCACUGGGAUCAAUGCACAGAAAUAUGACCGUGUCUCUCGUCUCACCUGCACCUCCUCCGACUCCUUAACAACUUUCACCCUCGAUGUCAACACCGAACUCUACCCCUGUUCGGUCGGAGAGUCGCUCUCCAUGGCACUUGCGUCGACACUCUCCCUGGACGGCAAGGAGGCCACUGGGGGCAAGGCCAGCUGGAGGGAGGUCGGAGCCGGCGAGCUGACUUUGGCGAACGACUAUGACUACGUCUGCCACGGCAAGGUUUACCGGUUCGAGGAGGCGGCAACUCAGGGUAACAUGGCUGUUUUCGUUUCCUUUGGCGGUCUGCUGCUUUAUCUCGAAGGGCCUUAUAAGAAGCUGGCUCCUCUGCGCAUCGACUACGUGUAUCUGCUCCUUAAGAAAUAA